AGGUAACGCUACACGUACGAAGAAGUGUGUAAAAAAAAAAAAAUCAUUGACGAAAGUGCUGUUGUUGAUAAAGAUGCUGCGCUACUGGGUGCAUUCAAGAAGCAAAACAGAUGAAUGUUUCCCAGUGUUUAAAGGCUGUUCUUAGCUGCUUAAUCCAACAGUAACUAAGCUGAAUGCAGCUUGUUUUAGUCGAAGGAGUUGCCCUCUCUGAACAGCAUCACAUUUAUGAUCACAGACAGACAGAUUAAGCAGAUAGAGGAAAAACGCGGAUCUGGUCUGGAUGAAACGGUUCUGAACUCUUCCGACUGGACUCUCUGAUGUGAGAACCGUCCUGAGGUCUGGUCUUCACGGAUGGACCAUCUGCCUGUCGGCUGAAUCAUAACGAUCCUCAUCGGUGAGGCGGACUGAGGCGGGACCGCCGACAGGAUGGUGGAGCGGUCGGACCGUGCCCCUCUGCUGGACUGGGAGGAGGUUCCGUCCGCGGAGAAGCCCGAGGGACCGGCACCGGCCAAGGACCGGUUGUCCAGUCCCUCCAACAGCCGUGUCCCUGCUCCGGGGUUUGGGUGGAGUAGCGGUCCGGGGGGUCCCUCUCCCAGCAGGUCUGUCUCUAACGCAGACGGCUGCAGCGCCCCACCCGCGACCUCCAGCGACCCAGCGGGCAAGGAUGAAGCCCCGCACCCCGACACCGAGGAGCAUCUCCCGGAUUCGGAGUCGAGAAAUGUAACGCUGGGGGACCGGAUGGUGAAAUGGGAGGAGAAGGACCAGAUCGUGUCCGUCUUUGUGGUCACAUUUAAUACCAGAUCAGGGAACAUGCUGGAGUGGUGUCUGCCCAAAGACAUGGACCUGGAGGGAGUCGAGUUCAAAGCCAUCGCCAGCGGCUCCCACAGAGUCACCACAGACUUCAUAUACUUCCGGAAAGGCGGCUACUUUGGCCUUGCCUGCUUCGCCAACAUGCCGGUGGAGAGCACAGUGGAGAGGGGUGCAAGGAUGAAAUCAGUAGGGAUCCUAUCUCCUUCCUACACCCUGCUCUACCGCUACAUGAGCUUUUUGGAACACCAGGUCAGGCUCCAGCUUCAGUCACCUGGUCACUAUUCUCCCCUAGAGGCCUUCUAUGAGGACAAGAGGGCACUUCUGCCCCCUAGUGGCGAUGGCAUUGUUACUGCAUGUCCAGCCAAUGCCUGGGGAGCUGCCAUCAACCACAGCAUGCACCCUGAGAUGAAGAUCACCCACCCUGCAGGCUGUAUGUCCCAGUUUAUCCGCUUCUUUGGGGAGCAGAUCAUGGUGCUGUGGAAACUAGCUCUCCUCCGCCGACGCAUCCUGAUCUUUUCCCCUCCACCCGUGGGUGUGGUCUGCUACAGAGUGUACUGCUGCUGCUGCCUGGCAAACAUCUCCAUCCCUGGGAUCGGCGUGGCAGUGCCAGAGUUCCGCCCUUUCUUCUACGUGAAUGUGGCUGACAUCAGCGCCCUGGAGAACGAGCUCUCCUAUGUAGCGUGUACCACAGAGAAGAUCUUUGAGGAGAAGAAGGAUCUGUAUGACGUUUACGUGGACAAUCAGAAUGUGAAGACCUACAGAGACGGCCUGAAGCCUCUGCUCCGCCUCAGCACCGCCGACCGGGAGAAAUACCGCAAGCUCACCGAGCAGAGGCAGAUGUUGCUGUACUCUCAGGAAGAAAAUGGAGACUGUGUGUCCAGUGAAGAGGAUCUGUUCAUUCUUUUUUUCCUGGAGCAGAACAACAGGAUUUUCCAAACCCUCAGUGAGGUGGCAGGGAGCUCCGAUCCCACCCUGACCCAGGAGACGGUGAGGGCCAUGGGUCUAGACCCUCAUGGAGACAGGCUCUUCCUGCUCCACCUGCUGGAGAUCUACGGCUACGACAGCCUGAUGGUAUCAGAUCAACUGUGCUGCAGUUGAGAGACUUUCUGCCUUUCAUCCCUGCUGGUCUUUAAAAAGGGGCUGCCAUGGCCUCCUGGGAGUCCUCAGGACUGUUCCAGCCUCCAGGAAAUCCUCUGGUGUCUUUUCUUUUGUCUUGUUCUUUUGGUUCAGCUCCGUCUCAGAGAAGCUGGUCGACUGCCGUGUGACCAGCUGGUCCUGAUGCAGCCUUAAGAAGAUGAACACCUCCUUCAGAUGGAUGGUCACCUUUAACUUGACCAGCAGUGAUCUCUCUGAUCCCACACGGCUGCAGUAUUUGAAAGGCAGACCUGGGUCCAGUAUGUUGGUCUCAAAUAAAUACGUCAGUGUUCUGGACUUUACACGGAUCCAUGAGAGCUGAGGAAGUUGUUUGGAGACUUUUAGUGACACUAAAGACUCAUGUAUGUCAGAAAAGAGGAGAUUUUCCUGUAAAUAGUCCUGUUUUUGGUCCUUUAUGUACAGUGUUGGUGUAUGUGUGAUACCAGGUCCGCCUCUACCACUGUUGCUAUCCUUGUAUCAAGUGCUGGAUUUAAAUCUCUCAUUCUUAAGCCUA